AUGGAGGUUGAAGCAAGUUUUUCUCAUAUUUCUUCUCCUAUCUUUGAUAGAGAAAACUAUCAACUCUGGGCAGUGAGAAUGAAGACUUAUUUGGAGGCUUUAGAUCUUUGGGAAGCAAUUGAAAAGGAUUAUGAUGUUCCUCCAUUACCGAAUAAUCCAACUAUGGCCCAGAUCAAGAGUCACAAAGAAAGGAAAACCAAGCAAUCAAAAGCAAAAGUAUGUCUAUUUGCUGCUAUUUCAACAACCAUUUUCACAAGAAACAUGUCUCUUAAAUCAGCAAAAGAUGUUUGGGAUUAUCUGAAGAAGGAAUAUGUAGGAGAUGAAAAAAUUCGUGGAAUGCAAAACCUAAACUUGAAACAAGAGUUUGAGCUACAAAGAAUGAAAGAAUCCGAGACCAUAAAGGAAUACUCAGAUAGGUUGCUUGGAAUAGUUAACAGAGUCAAGUUGCUGGGAAUAUCAUUUACAGACUUUAGAAUUAUUGAAAAAAAUCUGGUUACAGUACCAGAAAAAUAUAAAGCUUUAAUUACUACAUUGGAGAAUACAAAAGAUUUGUCAAAGAUUACAUUGGCAGAACUUUUAAAUGCCUUACAAGCUCAGGAGAAAAGAAGACUUAUGAGGCAAGACCAUGUUAUAGAAGGUGCUUUACAAGCCAAGUAUCCAGAUUCUGAUAAGAAGAAGGACAAGCUUGACAAGAAGGCUAUGCUAGGUAUCUUUGUUGGCUAUAGUACUGUUUCUAAAGCCUGCAGAGUCUAUCAUCCUCAGACUCAGAAGAUGGCCAUUACCAGGGAUAUUCAUUUCCAUGAAGAAGAACAAUGGGACUAA